GAACCGAAAAUAGUAUAAACACGUUUUUAGUCCAUUCGUGGGAGCCAUACUGAAUAGUUUUAUCAGCUCAAUAUGCGGACUUAAAGCUUCAAGUUUUUGCCGUGUCCUUCCAAUUACUCAAACGUACGCACCGGAAAUAAAUUUCGCAGACGAUAUAAAAAAUGAAUAUGAUAUUUUUGCGGUUGACCGUGUUGAUUUUAGCGAUACAUUCUUCCAGUAACGUUUUCGACUCGGCAACCGCAACUGUCUUGUCUCCACUGCUCAAAAACUCUUCAUUAGACACACCAACAACAACAGGUACAUCAGCCAGCAUAACCAUUAGCCCAAAUUCCUCAGAGAGAUCGGUAGAUUCAGGGGAAACGAGCGCGGCGGACGAUGGAAAUAACGAGGAUGUAAACGAGAGUAGUUUAAAAGACUUGUACGAAGACUUAGAGGAAACGAUAGUAUUUGAGGAUUCAGAACAUGGCGGUCAAGAUGAAGUGUCGGGAGCAUUAGUUGGUCAAAUACCAAACGAAUUAAUUGAGAAUAAUGCCGCCGUGAUACCUUUAAGCGGGUCAGAUGAUAAAAAAUCUUCAGAACAUGAUCGAGUUAGGAACACAACAGUUAGUACCAGAGACAGUGUAACUGCUGGUAGUAAUCCUGUAGUGCAAAAGAUAGUUAAGUUUCCAGAGUACGUCAAAUCGUCGAGCUAUCGCAAGGGAUGGUCAGUUUCAAAUGUAACACGACCUGAAGCACUUUUUCAGUUUUGGGAACCAUACGAGUCCGUUACGACUUUAAAUUUAUCAGAAGACUGUGCCAUACAUAUGGAACUGUUUCAAACUGCGCUAAGAACAGGCAAGAUGUGGGCCUAUAAAAUGGCUGAUGCAAGUGGACAUUAUGGAGGCGGGUACUUUUGGGGAAAUACAUUUUGGCUGGGAUCAAAAAGCUUAUGUUCUGAAAUAUCUCAUUACGAUAAAGACUUACCAUUUAAAAUUGGUUUUAAUGUUGUUCGCACAUACAUUGCACUCAAAUCUCCAAUUAAUGUUACAGAACGAUAUCAACAUAUAGGCUUAUGUUUACCCUAUGCUUGUACUGCUACCGAUGUUAACAAAUUAGUCAGUCAUUCUCUUCAACAUGACAUACCUGAGCGAAAUGCGAAUGUUUCUAAAGUCAAAUCUCCACGUGAAUAUUAUGAUAUUUAUAAAGAUAGGACAUUCUGGUUACUCGUCAUUAUAUCUGGCUUAACUGUUAUACUUCUGGCAUUAGGCACAAGCUUAGACUAUUAUUUGGAAAAUAAUGUAUGCAAAAAAGUUAAUGGAUUUAUGUUUGAUAAUUACAAUUUUACAGUUAAUCACAAAAAACUCCAACCACUAUCUGAACAUUCUAAAAUAGAUAUUGAUCCCGUUCCCGGCCAAAACAUUGAAGUAGCCUCAGAGAGUAUACCAGGAACAUGUUCAAUUGUAGAUAUGCUUUUGUCUUUUUCUAUUCGUAGAAAUCUUAAACAAAUAUGUGACAAAACAAUUGGUGAAGAUACUAUAUCCACAGUACAUGGUAUAAGAUCUUUAAGCAUGUUUUGGAUUGUUUUAGGUCACGUUUGCAUAGUGUCAUUUAAAUAUUCAGACAAUAUGGCAUUUCGUACUGUAGUCGAACGUGAAUUACUUUUUCAACUAAUCAAUAAAGCAACAUUUUCAGUUGACACUUUUUUUUUCAUAAGUGGACUUUUAGUAUCAUUUUUAUACUUUCGUACAACGGCUAAAGUUGACGUUAACAAAUUGACCAAAGCUACUGGUUAUCUAUCUAACUUCAUAGAGUUCAUUGGGUUGUUGGUGUAUCGAUUCUGCAGACUUACUGCUCCAUAUUUUUUUGCAUUGGGAGUAGUUCAAUUAACAAUGAAAUGGUUCCAUUAUAAUUCUGUGUUUGAUCCUCCAACAGAUGAUCACAUAAAUUGUCCUAAAUAUUGGUGGAGAAAUUUGUUGUACAUCAAUACUCUUUAUCCAGUUCAAGAUAUGUGCAUGCUUUGGAGUUGGUACUUAGCUGAUGACACGCAGUUUUACAUACUUGGAGUAAUACUACUAAUAUUAUCGGCACGGUAUUUUAAUUUUGCAGCCUUCACUCUUGUUCUAUGCACAGUUGCUUCAUGGUUCACCACAGGUUACAUUGCGUACACCAAUAAACACAUGCCCAAUAUUGAUGAUCCAUUAGCUUUAUUCGAUAAGAUCUACGACAAACCAUGGACUAGAUUAAGCCCUUACUUUGUCGGUAUGGCUAUUGGAUGGAUAUUGUUUAAAACUGAAUGCAAAAUAAAAAUGAAUUCUCUAACAAUAUGUAUGGGUUGGGCAGUAUCUUUGGCCACUCUCGCUAGUCUGAUAUUUGGCCUUCAUCAAGUUGAAUUGCAUCCAAUUAUAGCUGCAAUGUAUUCUUCGUUAAGUCACACUCUCUGGGCACUAUGUUUGGCUUGGGUAGUUGUUGCUUGUGCUACUGGAAAUGGAGGAUAUGUGAAUAAAUUGCUAUCGUGUAGUGUAUUAAUACCAUUCAGUCGUACAACAUAUUGUGCAUAUUUAGUACAUCCAAUAGUUAUCAGAUACGCAAUUAUGAAACGUGACAGUCCAUUCCAUCUGACAAUAGAAUCUGUGACUCUCAUGUUUUUGGGACAGUUAGUUGUUUCCUACUUUUUUGCAUUUUUACUAUCGAUUGCCUUCGAAGCACCUUUUGUGUCUUUACUGAAACUUGUAUCACCUACAAAACGAAAUAACUGACUGUGUUAAUUUUAAGUUCAAUUUGUUUCAUCGAAUUAGAAGUUCAAGUGAUAAGCCACCGAAUUAUUUAAAACU